CUCAAAAAAACUUCUGAAGAAAUCUCAAACAAUUUCAUGCAACGAUUCUCCGUCCCUUCACCUUCAAGCUACCGUGUCAAUCCCAUAACAUCAAUGGCUACUAGAUCCGGUUCACUGAUUUGGUUCCGGAAAGGUCUCCGGGUUCACGACAACCCGGCUCUUGAAUUUGCCUCAAAAGGUUCCGAAUUUAUGUAUCCGGUUUUUGUAAUCGACCCGCAUUACAUGGAGUCAGACCCAUCUGCGUUCUCUCCCGGUUCGUCUCGCGCUGGAGUUAACCGGAUCCGGUUCUUGCUGGAGAGUCUCAAGGAUCUCGAUUCUAGCCUGAAGAAACUUGGUUCACGGUUGCUGGUUCUUAAAGGUGAACCUGGUGAAGUACUGGUUCGUUGCUUGCAAGAGUGGAAGGUGAAGAGGCUUUGCUUUGAAUAUGAUACAGAUCCGUAUUAUCAAGCUUUAGAUGUUAAAGUUAAGGAUUAUGCUUCUUCAACUGGAGUUGAGGUUUUCUCUCCAGUGAGUCAUACUCUUUUCAAUCCCGCAGACAUUAUAGAGAAAAACGGUGGGAAGCCACCUUUGACUUAUCAGUCAUUUCUGAAGAUUGCUGGGGAGCCGUCAUGUGCUAAAUCUGAACUUGUGAUGUCUUAUUCUUCACUUCCUCCAAUUGGAGAUGUUGGAAAUCUUGGCAUUUCAGAAGUACCAUCUCUUGAGGAACUUGGCUACAGAGACGAUGAACAAGCUGAUUGGACUCCUUUUAGAGGUGGUGAAUCAGAAGGCUUGAAAAGAUUGACCAAGUCAAUUAGUGAUAAGGCAUGGGUGGCAAACUUUGAGAAACCAAAGGGUGAUCCAUCUGCUUUCUUGAAACCUGCAACUACAGUUAUGUCACCGUAUUUGAAAUUUGGAUGCCUUUCUUCGAGGUACUUUUAUCAAUGCCUUCAAAAUAUUUACAAGGAUGUGAAAAAGCAUACAUCGCCGCCAGUUUCUCUCCUUGGGCAGUUGUUGUGGCGAGAAUUUUUCUAUACCACUGCAUUUGGUACCCCGAACUUUGACAAAAUGAAGGGAAACCGGAUCUGCAAACAGAUUCCAUGGAACGAGGAUCAUGCCAUGUUGGCUGCUUGGAGGGACGGUAAGACAGGAUACCCUUGGAUUGAUGCCAUCAUGGUUCAGCUUCUGAAAUGGGGUUGGAUGCACCAUCUAGCGCGUCAUUGUGUAGCAUGUUUUCUAACUCGUGGGGAUCUGUACAACCGCAUCUACUCUCCUAUAUCUUUCGGAAAGAAGUAUGAUCAUGAUGGGAAGUACAUUAGGCAUUUUCUCCCGGUACUGAAAGAUAUGCCAAAGCAGUAUAUAUAUGAGCCAUGGACAGCACCGUUGAGCGUUCAAACUAAAGCAAACUGCAUAGUCGGGAAAGACUACCCGAAGCCAAUGGUAUUGCACGAUUCAGCAAGCAAGGAGUGCAAGAGGAAGAUGGGUGAAGCAUAUGCAUUGAACAAGAAGAUGGAUGGUAACAUGGAGAAGAAGAAAGUCGCGACUCCGUUAGUGUGCCAUGGCCAUUCGAGACCUGUUGUGGAUUUGUUCUACAGUCCAAUCACACCUGAUGGUUUCUUCCUCAUCAGCGCAAGCAAAGAUUCUCAUCCAAUGUUGAGAAAUGGGGAAACUGGAGAUUGGAUUGGUACAUUUGAAGGCCAUAAAGGUGCAGUCUGGAGUUCUUGUCUCGAUAACAAUGCUUUACGUGCAGCUUCCGCAUCUGCUGAUUUUUCCGCGAAACUUUGGGAUGCUUUGACCGGGGAUGUCUUGCAUUCUUUUGAGCACAAGCAUAUUGUUCGAGCAUGCGCCUUCUCUCAGGAUACGAAAUAUCUAGUCACAGGAGGAUUUGAGAAAAUUCUUCGUGUUUUUGACUUGAAUCGCUUGGAUGCACCUCCUACAGAAAUUGAUAAAUCUCCUGGUUCUAUCAGAACCUUAACUUGGCUUCACGGUGAUCAAACGAUAUUAAGUUCUUGCACUGAUAUUGGUGGUGUGAGGUUAUGGGAUGUGAGGAGUGGCAAAAUUGUGCAAACUCUAGAAACCAAGUCUCCUGUCACCAGUGCUGAAGUGAGUCAAGAUGGACGGUAUAUAACAACUGCCGACGGAUCAACUGUUAAAUUUUGGGAUGCAAAUCAUUUUGGACUAGUGAAGAGUUACGACAUGCCCUGCAAUAUCGAAUCUGCGUCGCUUGAGCCUAAAUCUGGCAACAAAUUCGUUGCUGGUGGAGAAGAUAUGUGGGUUCGACUCUUUGAUUUUCACACCGGAGAGGAGAUUGGAUGCAACAAGGGACAUCAUGGUCCAGUUCACUGUGUGAGAUUUGCACCAACAGGUGAGUCUUAUGCUUCAGGGUCCGAAGAUGGUACCAUCAGAAUCUGGCAGACUGGUCCCGUGAAUACGGAAGAGACCAUCGAAUCAAAGCCGAAGCAGAGUGUGGAUGAGGUUACUCGAGCGAAAGGACUGAUAAUGGGGAAACCCAGCAGCAAAGACAAGGACAAGGACAAGAAGAAACCAACCACUCGCUCUUCUCGUGCUGGUCUUCAGUUUCCAGUAGGAAGAAUCCAUAGACUGUUGAAAGGUAGGUCAACUGCUCAUGGACGUGUUGGAGCAACUGCAGCGGUUUACACAGCCGCUAUUUUGGAGUAUCUGACUGCAGAAGUCUUGGAGCUGGCUGGUAAUGCGAGCAAGGAUCUGAAAGUGAAGCGUAUCACACCAAGGCACUUGCAGCUCGCUAUUCGUGGUGACGAGGAGCUCGAUACUCUCAUCAAAGGAACUAUUGCUGGUGGUGGAGUCAUUCCUCACAUUCACAAGUCUCUCAUCAACAAAUCUGGCAAAGAAUAAAGCCUUUUCUCUGUACUACUAUCUCUCUGUAUUCUCGGAUCUCCUUUUGUAACAGUCGUGUGUAUGUUUAAGAUCCACUAGUGGAGAAACUCUUAGGAUUGUUUGUUUGUUAAGGUUCUACUUCCACAUGUGUGUGGCUUGUUUCUCCUUCUGAUUAACUUUUUGGGGUUUGUUCAUGUAAAACAGAUGCAAAGAAAAUCAAUUUAAGAGG